GUCAGGUGGAUGAGAACGCUACAAGCCCGAAACAUCAAAGGGAUCCCAGAAGGGAGAAGUCCCAAGGAGAGUAUCCCAGCUCUACCCCAGCGGUACCGAUGAAUCCCACCCACACAUUCGUUCCUCUUAGCCCGGAGCAUCUAUCGGUUAACGAUAGCAACAACUCAAUAUCAAAAACACAGGUCUUUGAGAAAGUCGACGAGAUCCCCAGUGAAUUUGAGUGUUGCUUUUGCACCACAAAGGACUACAAGGACUACAUGGAUGCGGAAAACCUGAUGCCGCUGCCAACGAGUGACGUGAAGAACCCGAUAUGCCUGGAGAUGCGGCUGCUAAGGUCUGAAAUGGAGGCGGUUGGCGGAGGUGGACCAAUGGAAAUGGGUUCGGUGGACAGCUCGGACACAUUUACCUCAUGCAACACGCAACCGUUCAACUCGCAUAUGGAUCUCACGACUGAGGACCCAACCGCCCUUGGCUGCGACUCCUCCAAUCUAUACAUUAACCCUCUAGAGUCGGCCCGAGGUGUCGUAAAAAAGUCUAUCUCUAGGGACUCGGGGCUUCGCAACCUUGGGAACUCACUCAUCGAUGAAGAGAGCCGCUUUCCUUCUUCCAAGAGGAGUAGCCGUGGAAGUCUCAACGAGGAUUCGUUGCCUAAACACAGGAGAACCCGCUUUCAACAGCUGAGAUCGGUGACGGAUCCGUGUCGGGAUUCACAAGAGAGCUUAGAAACAAUCAAACGAAGAAAAUCUUCAUUUAUGCCUGCCAAAUCACUCGCCUCUGCUACGAAACUUAUCAACCAGCACCUUUUCGGCAUGCAAAAUUGCAAACAAGCUAAAUUUAUCGAACGGCGGAGCUCCGUGUCGAACGAGUCCCUAGAUAGACUUUGUUCGACGCCUGAGUCUCACCGGCGCUCCAAGUCAAUCUUGAAAAGGCACUUAGAGGGCCGAGACGGAAACGGUCACCGGAACGACCGGGGCUCUACCUCGGACGACCCUGAAAUGGAGAGGCUCAUUUCAGACAACGUCUCCGGAGCCAGCGGCUCAGACUACUCCCCGGCUCGGUGUCCGCCAUGCACAACUGUCAACGCAAUCUCUGCUGCGACCGUUACAACUGUGAAGCCACACACGCUCCCAAUUAAACUCGUCGGCAUUGCCAGCGCCCCCGGGGUAAACGAUCAGUUGGACACAGUGCUCCUGAAGGACCUCCUGAACUCAGCCCGGGCCGCUCAGCCCCUCUUCAUCUGCCCUCCACCACCGCCCAUGGAUCCCUCACCCAACGAGGAGACCAAGCUUCUUGUCGAUACCUCUCGCUUUAGGUCCUGCAAUGAACGCUCCAUCUCGUCGUAGCAGUUAAAGGAGUGUUCUGCCGCAGCAGAUGUACAUUACACCGUUGUCGUUACUAACCAACAGACCAUAUCGCAUGUCCUCCGUAUGCUCAUGAAUAAUAUAUUCUUCAUGGCUCUGUGUUUAUACUUUUAUUCAAAUAAAUUUUUACAUUCUUUUGAAA